AUGGUCUUCCGCUUCCCCAAAACUCUCGACCCAAUAACCCUCUUCCACAACCCCAACCUCCAGUCCUCAAAGAACGCUUACAACAUCCUAAAACGCGCCCUCUCAGCCGCCGAAGAUGGCGAACCGUCGACCACAAAACGCGGCGAGUUCCAGCUCGAAGUGACAACUGAAGCGCCGACAACCGACCAGCUCCGGAAUAUUCUGGACUAUGUGACGGGUGAUCCGGCGGGGGCGGGGAGUAAUCAGGUGGUGUAUUCUGUGGAAGAGGUAGUGACGGGAGCGAAGGAUGCGGAGGAUGCGGUGAAGAAGUUUAAGGAGAGUGGUGGGAAGGAGGGGUUUGUGAGACCUAUUACGGUGGAUUGGACGAAUGGACGGGCUGUGGUUGGGGAUAAUGAGUCGGAGAUUUUGAAGAUGGUGCAUCAGUUGGAUGUUGAUUAG